GGCGGGGUUUAGAAAAGUAGGAAUUUCCUGCUGGCUACGACAACAGGGAAGAUGAAUGUUGGCGUCGCUCACAGCGAGGUGAACCCAAACACACGGGUGAUGAACAGUCGGGGCAUCUGGCUUACGUACUUGCUCCUCACUGUGGUACUUCACAUCGUUCUCCUCAGCAUCCCCUUCUUCACUGUGCCCCUCGUUUGGACCCUCACCAACGUCAUUCACAACCUGGUGAUGUAUCUGUUCCUACACACGGUGAAAGGCACUCCAUUUGAGACCCCAGACCAGGGCAAAGCUCGGCUGCUGACACACUGGGAGCAAAUGGACUACGGCGUUCAGUUCACCGCGUCACGCAAAUUCCUCACCAUCUCCCCCAUUGUGCUGUACAUUCUGGCGAGUUUUUACACAAAAUACGAUGCAACACAUUUCUUAAUCAACACUGGCUCCCUCCUGAGCGUCCUUUUACCAAAGCUGCCUCAGUUUCACGGGGUGCGAAUAUUUGGGAUCAACAAGUAUUGACCUUCCAACACAGGAGUUAAACCAGCAACACUGGAUCAUUUUGGACUUUGAGAAGAAUCAUUCCAAGUGAUUGUUACUGAAACAUUGUAAAAUACAGCCAUGGAGAGUCAAUCCACGGUUUUUAAAUAUGAUAAAUUAUGAUGUUUCCUGUUUGCAUUUAUUGUAAAGAUUUUUUUUACGAAAUGCACUGGCUGCAUGUUUGAAAUGUUUAGGGUAGUAACUUGUUAUAUCAUUAGUGAAAUUGUGUUGAAUAUUAUGAAGGAUAAUAAAGUGUAUAUUGCUG